AUGAUCACCAACGCUGUCGUCAACAUCUCUUCCGACAUCAUGAUCAUUCUUCUUCCUAUGCCUGUCUUUCUACAAUCUCAACUGCCGCUCAAGAGAAAGAUUAUCCUCUGCGGUGUCUUUGCGCUUGGUAUCUUUACUAUUCUCGCAGCCACAAUGAGCAAAAUCUACAGUCUUGGCGACCCCUACGGCACAGAAUGGUCCUACUGGUACAUCCGCGAAGUCUCAACCGCCGUCAUCGCCGCCAACCUCCCUCUCACUUGGACCCUCCUCCAACGCGUCUUCCGCCUCGGUUCAUUCCACGCCAAGUACGGAAAAUCUUCCAAUCAACGCACUGGCAAAGGAACAUCGCGAUUCAGAUCAGCAUACGGAAACCUCAGCAGUAUGGAUCGAAGACCCAAGAAGACGACUUUUGUUGAGCCUGGAAUGAGCUUCUCAGAGAGUCAGGAGGAGAUUAAUGGGAAGGAUAUCCCUUUGAAGAUUUAUCAGAAGAAUGAGGUUAUUGUUAACAUCACUACUGAAGAGGCGUCCGAUAAGCGAUCGCCCUCACCGCCUGGACAUACUGGCUUGGAGAGGAUUAAUUUGCGGGAGGCGAAUGCGCAUGGCGGUAGUGAGAAUGGGGAUAAGUCUGCCAAUGAGAUGGAGCUUGGUGUUGUCACCAAGGUCUAUCAUGGAGUAUAA